AUGGCCGAUGACUUGGACGCCGAGCUGCUGGCGUUGGCCGGUGACUCUGAGGAGGAGGAGGCCUCCCCGCCACAAAAUAAGCAACACUCACCUCGUCAUUCUUCACCUUCGCGACACUCAUUAGACCGUGAAACCUCACCCGCCAGCAUGGGUAACAAAGGCACAGCCAAGCGCAUCAAGCGGCCCAAAAAGAAGGCCGUUCAUGAUGAUGAGGAUGACCUCGCCUCUAACGAUGAAUCUGUCCACUCAUACCAAUCUGCCCCGAUGUCUGAGUCUAACGACGUUUCUGACGCCGACAUGAGUGAGGAGGAAGAUAAGCCUGUUUUCCCCUACGACAAGCUUUACUAUUCCGCGAAAGAAAAGGAGGAGAUCUCUAAGAUGCCUGAGAUUGUUCGUGAGGAGCUGCUCUCAGAGCGUGCCCAGCAAGUCGAUCGCCAUGACCAGGACUUGGCCCUCCGCCGCCUUCUUGUUACUCGAGAGCGUGAGGAACAUCGAUCUGCCAAACGCAAGGCUUCCAUCGGUGAUGACACUCAGCGGAAGAGUUCACGUCAGAAGACCACUUUGGGUGGUCGCAAGGUUGGAGAGACCUCCGGUGCUAUGGAGGCCUACAAGCGGAAGCGGGAGCAGAAGGGCAAGCGCGAUGAGCUUCGCCGCCGCGAUGCUAGCCCCUCGCGCCGCGGAUCUACCUCUGCAGGCUCCCACGUCAGUGACGAUGAUGUUAUGAGCUUGGACAGUGAUCUUGGCGACGAUCGAGUUGGUGGGUCAGCUUCUGCUCCUAAGAAUGAUCCUCCUGCCGACUUGCAUGACAUCCAACGUGCGCGUGUUGGCCGCAGCAACUUCGCCCAAGUUUGCAACUAUCCGGGCUUCGAGGAAGCCAUCACUGGCUGCUACGUCCGUGCGAACAUUGGACCUACAGGCAAGGGCAGCGAGGAGGUUUCAUACCGUCUCUGUCUGAUCACUGGUAUUAAACAAGGCGAAGAAAAAUAUGCCAUGGAGUACAACGGACAAUCGUUCAUUACCACGCAGCUGGCGCUACUGGCCCAUGGUAACUCGGUCAGACCGUUCCCCUUCAAUUCUUGUUCCAACCAGCCGAUCACCGAGCUCGAGUUCCAACGCUACCGUCAAACAUUGGACAUGGAAGGCACCCCCAUGCAAACCAAGUCCCAGUUGAGCAAAAAGGUUCAAGAUAUCCACCAGUUGAUCAACCACAAAUUCACCGCCGAGGAACUGGCCACCAAAUUGCGCAGACAAGGUGCCCUGGACGCCAAGCGAAAAAUGCUUGACAAAGUUAAACUACAGCGCCAAAUCAACCAGGCUCUCGCUGACGGAGACGAUGAAGAGGUUGCGGUCCUGCGGAAGCAGCUUGAGGCACUUGACCCCAAACUCUCCUACGGUACCAGCAUGAUAAAGGAGGAGGGAGCCCCCAUCGAUGAUGUGGCCUACCGCAUCAACAUCCGUAACCAGAAGCUCAACCACGAAAUAGGUCGCCGUGCUGAAAUACAUGAGCGCAAAUCUGCUCGCAAGGCCGCCGCUGCCGUGGCCCGUGGUGAGGGUACUGACGAUCCCUUCCGCCGCGUUCGUACCGUUGCCAAAACUCAUUACGACCUCACUGAGCAAUCUCCUGCUUCCACGCAGCCCCAUGUUGCUGCUGUUGCCGCGGUUAAGCCGGAGAAGAAAAAGCCCGUUGCUCUCGUUAUCGAGCGCGAUUGGCGUCCUGGCGUGAUAAACUACGCUAAGACGCGUGGUCAGCUGCGCCGCGAGUUUGCUCGCGCUAUUGACCUGGAUGAGGCGGCUAUGGGCCUUUAA